AUGGCGGAGACUUCUGCGCUUCUCUUCUCUCACCUCACCAUCUCCCGCGUUUGGGACACCGCGUCUUCGUCUCCUUCCCGAUUCUCGCUUCUUUCCCGCGCUCGGCCGUCUCGAUCGGCUCGCUUCUCCGUAAAGGCAUCGCAUUACGGUAGCUUCUCCGAUGACGAUGCUUUCGGCUUCUUCCCUUGGUCCGAUGGAAACAACGGCAUUGAAUGGGUUCCUGAAGAAAGAGUAACACUUUUCACUUCCGAUGGGCUUGUUCAGAUCGGAGGCAACAUGGUUCCUCGCCGCAUCAAAUCAUCUCAUAAGAAAAAUGGGAGAUCCAAAUCACCGGAAAGACAUCAAAAGUUUCAAGAAAGUUCCUACAUGGAUCCUGCGCAAGGUCUCUGCCUCGGAGCUCUUUUCGACAUUGCAGCUACAAAUGGACUUGAUAUGGGAAGAAGACUCUGUAUCUUUGGUUUCUGCCGUUCCGUUGAGAUGCUUAGUGAUGUUGUUGAAGACACUGUCUUAGAACAUGGUGGAGAGAUUGUUGCUGCAGAGAAAGAGAUUAACGGCGGUUUACAAGAGAAGCUAACAAUGAGUGUGGCGGUUCCAUAUCUCUGGGGAGUUCCUCCGGCGGCAGAAAGGCUUCACCUUGCGGUUCGAACAGGCGGAGGAAUCGUAGACAAAGUUUAUUGGCAAUGGGAUUUCUUGUGA